AAACUUUCCAAUUGACCAUGAACAAAGUCUUCCGCUCGCUACUGGACAAGUGCGUCAUCGUCUACCUGGAUGACAUCGUGGUGUACAACACCAUUCGGGAACAACAUUUGAAGGACCUGGAAGCAGUUUUUACCCUCUACGAUCAACACCGACUCAUCAUUAAAGGCUCUAAAUGCGGGUUCUUAAAGGCGGAGCCGGAGUUCCUGGGCCACGUCAUCUCCACCGAAGGCGUUAAAAUUGAUCAGAAAAGAAUCCACACCGUUCGCAAUUGGGAGCCGCCCACCAACGUCAAACAGUUGCAAUGUUUUAUGGGGUUCAUUAACUACGUGCACCGUUUUAUCCCUAAAAUGGCGGAGUCAACUGCCCCACUAACCGACGUGCUGCAGAAGGGAGUUUUUUAUGUGUGGGGGGAGAGGCAACAAGCUGCGUUUGACCAAUUGAAGACUUUCCUCAUGACAUCACCCGUUCUUCAUAUCGCCGACCCCGGCCGCCCGUACGAACUGGUUAUGGACGCCAAAGACAUCGCCGUUGGCACGGUAUUGUUACAGGACUUUGGCAAAGGACUGCAGCCAAUCGCCUACAACUCGCAGAAACUUCAAGGCACUGAACGGAUUACCCAGUUCACGACAAGGAAAUUCUCGCGAUCAUCAAGGCCUGGCACUGCUACCUAUCAGCGGGCGAGGAAGCUGACAGCACCGCCCGCCCAGGGUAGAUCCUCGAAUCGCGCUCACGCUAAGUUUCCCAGGAGUUUCUCUUCGGUAAAAAGCCGAGAGUAACCCCUCGGAACCUGCAGUCGCGCAUGCCCAAACGGCCUCGCCCUUUUUACGAUGCUGCGCCGCGUGCCGCGGGGCGUGCGGCGGGCGGUGGUGGGGGCGGCGUGGGUGGCGGGAUGGGUGGGGCUGUGCGCGUGGGUGGUGUGGUUCAAGCACACGCAGGCCGCCAAUCCGCGGCAGGAGGCGAUGCGAGUGUGGUGUCGCACGAGCGUGCGAUACCUCCAGCAGGACAUGCGAUCGUCCAUCGCGCGGGCGCAGACAUGAGUGAGGCAUGAGUGAGGCAUGAGUGAGACAUGAGUGAGACAUGGUGAGACAUGGUGAGGCAUGAGUGAGACAUGAGUGAGACAUGAGUGAGACAUGAGUGAGACAUGAGUGAGACAUGAGGGGGACAUGAGUGAGGCAUGAGUGAGACAUGAGUGAGACAUGGUGAGACAUGGUGAGGCAUGAGUGAGGCAUGAGUGAGACAUGAGUGAGACAUGAGUGACACAUGAGUGAGACAUGAGUGAGAGAUGAGGGAGACAUGAGUGAGGCAUGAGUGAGGCAUGAGUGAGGCAUGAGUGAGACAUGAGUGAGACAUGGUGAGACAUGGUGAGGCAUGAGUGAGACAUGAGUGAGACAUGAGUGAGACAUGGUGAGACAUGGUGAGGCAUGAGUGAGGCAUGAGUGAGACAUGAGUGAGACAUGAGUGAGACAUGAGUGAGACAUGAGGGGGACAUGAGUGAGGCAUGAGUGAGACAUGAGUGAGACAUGGUGAGACAUGGUGAGGCAUGAGUGAGACAUGAGUGAGACAUGAGUGAGACAUGGUGAGACAUGGUGAGGCAUGAGUGAGGCAUGAGUGAGACAUGAGUGAGACAUGGUGAGACAUGGUGAGGCAUGAGUGAGACAUGAGUGAGACAUGAGUGAGACAUGGUGAGACAUGGUGAGGCAUGAGUGAGGCAUGAGUGAGACAUGAGUGAGACAUGAGUGAGACAUGAGUGAGACAUGAGGGGGACAUGAGUGAGGCAUGAGUGAGACAUGAGUGAGACAUGGUGAGACAUGGUGAGGCAUGAGUGAGGCAUGAGUGAGACAUGAGUGAGACAUGAGUGACACAUGAGUGAGACAUGAGUGAGACAUGAGGGAGACAUGAGUGAGGCAUGAGUGAGACAUGAGUGAGACAUGGUGAGACAUGGUGAGGCAUGAGUGAGACAAGAGGGAGACAUGAGUGAGGCAUGAGUGAGGCAUGAGUGAGACAUGGUGAGACAUGGUGAGGCAUGAGUGAGACAUGAGUGAGACAUGAGUGAGACAUGGUGAGACAUGGUGAGGAAUGAGUGAGGCAUGAGUGAGACAUGAGUGAGACAUGAGUGAGACAUGAGUGAGGCAUGAGUGAGGCAUGAGUGAGACAUGAGUGAGACAUGGUGAGACAUGGUGAGGCAUGAGUGAGACAUGAGGGAGACAUGAGUGAGGCAUGAGUGAGACAUGAGUGAGACAUGAGUGAGACAUGAGUGAGACAUGGUGAGGCAUGAGUGAGACAUGGUGAGGCAUGAGUGAGACAUGAGGGAGACAUGAGUGAGGCAUGAGUGAGACAUGAGUGAGACAUGAGU